AACGCAACAGCUCCUGCGUACCUCCAUUUCCCUCACAAAGCACAACAAACGCUGGGCGUUCCCGAAGCCCCGGAGAACUACAUUGCCCGUCGGGCGCUGCGCUCCGCCCCCACCUUUCCCGCCUCCCGCCGUUAUCGCCUCUCAGCACCGAGCAGAGUGGCGCGGCGCGCCCGAGGGCUGCGAGCCGGGGAGGCGUUGCCGGCCGGGGCUGCCCGUGGGGGGCGGCGGUGGAACUGGGCGCUCCGUCCCGUCCUGUCCCGAGCGGCGGAGCGGCGUCCCCGCAGCGCGCUGCCCGUCGCACCGUCCCGUGGCCGCGGUGCGGCUCAUGAGGUGAAGAUGGUGAUCCGCGUCUUCGUCGCCUCCUCCUCGGGCUCUGUGGCGAUAAAGAAGAGGCAACAAGAUGUGGUGAGGUUUCUGGAAGCCAAUCGCAUAGAGUUUGAAGAAGUUGAUAUCACAAUGUCAGAGGAGAAAAGACAGUGGAUGUACAAAAAUAUUCCUGAGGACAGACAGCCUGCACAAGGCAAUCCAUUGCCACCACAGAUAUUCAGUGAUGAUCGGUACUGUGGAGAUUAUGAAGGCUUUUUUGAAUCAAAAGAGAGCAACACCGUCUUCUCCUUUCUUGGACUGAAACCUAGUUUGGCAUCAAAGGAGUCAUAAUCCUAGAAAACCUAUCUGAAGUAACAACAACUGCAUCUUCUGGAUGAAUGACCCUGUUCUUUAGCACAUGACAGCUUCACUUAUGGAUCACUGUGAUAGAGCAAACAUGUAUCCUUAGUAGUAGUCUGCUUGCUAGAAGACGGUGCUCUCCCACCAAUGUGGAGUUAACAAGAUGUAUAUGAAAUUGGAUUAAUGCUGGGCUACGCAUCUUCCUUUUUAAAAAUACUCAUUGAUGGUAUCACUUUUAUCUUUGGAUUGCAUUUGCAUCUAGCACUGAUAUCCUAAUAGACACAUAGGUUUAAAGAUAAGAAGUGGAAGUGCAGGGCUUCUGUCAUUCAUGAAUAAAUUCAUACAGACAGGUCCCUUAUGUUUUUAAUUCUAGCAACUACUGUUUUUGAAAUUACCUCAUCAGCACAGUUAAAAUGCUGGUGAUUAUUAGAAUGUUUGUGCUAACUACUAUCCAGAAAUUAAAAACUGUUGAUCUUAAGAUGUUAAGAUCUCAGUUCAAGCCAAUAACUGCCAUAACUGCUGUAUUUUUAUUCUACAUUUAUUUAUUGCUAUGUUUAUGCUACAUCAUUUUUAUUGUAAGAAAUGUGAGUUGCUAACCUUUUUCAUGAAAACUUGAUUUGCCUCAUGAUGUCGGUUCUUUAACAGCAGCUGUUAACACGAACGGGGUGCCAAAGCAAAAUAUUUUGACAUGAUUCCUUUUCCAAAUGAAGGUGAAAUGCAUGUGAAAUCAUGUGGUGAAUCCGUACUGGUUAGUUUGAAAGGAGAGGUCUCAUAGCUAAAGAUUACAUCGUUAUCUCUUUACUGAGAAACAUUUAACAGCCAGAAUUGGAGCUCUAUAGUUGGACUGUCUAAAAAUGAAAUUUUGCCAAAACUUUGAGUUGACCUGUAAUCAAACACAGCUCCACCAUUAGCCACAUAACAGUCAAAGGGAUACUUGUAGAGAAAGCACUCAGUCCCCUAUACUGUUAAACACUCUGCCAUUGUCUGACAGCACAUCUAACUCGCCCAGCUGUUGUCCUACUAAUGUCCCCAGAUACGGAAAUGUGGAGGUGCCUCAAAGACAGUGAGGAAGUUGAGCAUGCACUUUGCUGGACAGGGCCAUGACAGUCAGCUCAACUGAGGAUCAGGAGCCAGGUGGAGUAAAGCCUGUGACUUGCCAAUAACCAUUACAAAACAUGUUCUGGAAGGAAGUCAGAUUGAAUUCUGCAUUUUGAAUCAAGUCUGGCUGUUAAAAUAAGAGCUAUGCUGUAACGUAGCUUAUACUCAAGUGACUUCAUAAUGACUAGAUAGUGCUACUCAAAUACACAUCCUCAUGUCUUUGCAUAAAUGAAGGACAACCAAUCAGGUGGGAAAGCCUUUUUGCAAUCACAGAAUCUCUGAAGCCCAACUUCUUCUGGAAGGUGUCAGAAAUGAACCCUGUCUGUGUAACAAAUCACAUGUUCUCUUAAAGUCAAUAACCAUGGCAUCCAAGAUGAGUUAUUUGGAAAGCAAAACUAGCAGUAAUCUGGUCCAGCUUUCUGUAAACCAGGGCUAACACCAACACUAACUCAGGUCAGAUAUGGGUUUGUUUAGCAGUGUUAAAAACAUCCAGAGAUAGAGAUCUCAUAACCCUCUAUUUAACCAGUGCUGAUGCUGCAGUAAUCUCCUAGUGUCCAGCCUGCAUUCCCAGGUGGUAACUUAUGGCUAUUCCUUUGCUUUCUUGUCUAGCUCUCAGAGGGAGAGUUUGGCACCACCUUUUUGUGUCCCCAAGAUAGUUGUAGGAUACCGUUAGAUCACCUCUUAGUCUUCUUGCUAGACUAAACAAACAGCUUUGUUAACCUCUGCUCAUAGAGUCUGUGCUUCAGGUCCCUGGCUGCUUCGGCUUGGUGGAGGGCUAUUCUUCCCAGUUUCUUCAACUAGAGAAAAAGUGGAUAAAAUGUUUCAGAAGUGGCACUCAUCAGUACCGAGUAGUGCAUUGCUGGCUUAUCCCCAAUUUGACUUCCACCUAAUCCCCCAGUCCCUUUCAGCGAGUGUAUUACUCAGUCAGAUUUUCCCAGCCCGUGCUGAUGCCUUACCACUCCAAGGACAGAACUUUGCAUUUGUCCUUUUCAAAAUUCAGGAGGUUUCUGUUAGCCCAGUCUUCAUGGCUAUUGAGGACCCUCUGGAAUGAAGCUCUGCCAGCUGUUAUCAGCCACUCUAGCUCCCAAGAUCUAUGUUGUUUGCAGUUUUACUGAGGGUACACGCUAGAUAUUUCUCCAAGUCCCCGGCAAAGAUGCUGAAUGAUAGAACUUUAGCCUCUCAGAUUUUGGACAAGAGCCUACUCAAAACUAUAGAGGUAUGACUUGAACAAUGUUCAUGAUUACCAGUUUCUGGGAUAAAAAACAGGUUACCUUCAUUUUGGUGUUGCCUCAGCUACAAGCUGCUUACAGCUGUGUGACUUUUCCCUUUAGUGCAAAGGCAAGAAAGCUUUAUAAAAGGAGAUGUUAAGCUUUAAAAUGAUAUCCAUCCAUAAAUCUUAGGACCUUCUUUGGUCCCUCUUUGGACCCUUGGGUGCCUCGUCAGCUCAGCUAGAGGGGCUAGAUGGAACAAGAGCACACACGGAUUUCAUGUCCAUGGUGGUAUUUACUAGUCAAAGUCUUUGUCAGAGCACCUUCUCUAGAGGACUCCUUAAUGGGGGUUGAUAACAUUUGUAUAUGUGUGUGUGUGUGUGUAUACAAGUAUAUGUACGUGCAUUUUUAGGAUUUAUGUUGUAUGUAGUAAGUUAUUUUGUCACUCUUGUCACCAAUCCCAUAUUUUCAUGAGACUUGAGCUUUACUAUAAGAAGGGAAUGUGACAUGAGGUAGAGCUGUACAUUAACAAGUUCUAUGUAAUUUUUUUUUUUUAAGAUUCUUUAACUUUGAAAAAGGAUACAGAUAUAAAUUUAGAUUAUUACACAGUUAAUUACAGAGAAGCCAUCCUGGAUUUAUCAUGUACUUGAUAUGUUGUGAACUUAGAAAGCUGCCUGGAGUCCCAGUUUUGAAAAAUUCAGACAAGUGAGUAAAUCCACUUGAAUAAUCCUAGGUGAAAUCACUGGCUGUCUGAUGCAAAAGGCAAAAUCUCACUGAUUUCUCCAGGGAUGAAUUAGUUUUACAGAAUUCCUCUUGAAUUUUGGUAAUUGUAGAAUAGGAACCUCCAGCUCAAUGGAGAGCAAUUUCUGUUGCAGCCAAAAGGUGAAAGUAGCUUAUUUCAGAGCAUUCCUGUGGAUAUAAUCAAUUGUAUGGAGGACAACACUAGCUCCAAAGAUAUCCUGCUUGUUUGCACGGAUUGGCAGUGUAAAUCCCUUAGAAUGUUUGCUUCUGAAUUACAAGCGGCUAGCUAAAAGCCAGAAAGUAUAUAUGUUGCUUGAAUGUGAUUUUUGUCUGUGGUGCAACAGCCUUAUUUUUGUAAUUAAAGCAAGUAGAGUUCUAGUUUGUUACACGAGAUGAUCUGGAAUUUUUUAAACCAGUUUUGUAAUAAUGAGAUGUCGCUACUGGAUAAUGGAACAGUUCUGUGGAAAUGAGACAUUUGAUGAAAGAAAUAGGAAAUUCCUAAUUUUGUUUAAAAUAUUUUGCAUAUAAAGGUAUGAAAUGAUCCCAAUUUUUAGCUAAUAUUUGUAAUUACCCCACUUUUUAAAGGAGAGAGUAGCGUGAGCUAAACUUUAAACUUUGUACCUAGCUGAAGUUGUAGUGUGGGCUUAUGUGCACGCACACGUUCACUGUAUCAGUGGCUUUAGAGAGAUGUUUUUGCUUGUGCCACACUGCUGGAUAGUGCCUUGCAGAGAGGGGACUGUUACUGUAGGGUCUUCUCAGAUGUGCUCAGCUUUGAACUCACAAAGGGGUAGUUUCUAUUAUCACUAUUUUUUUAAUAAUUCAUUAAGUUGAUUUUGUGGCCUGAGUCAAGAGACACAUGCUUUGGCUGUUUAGAAUCAAACCUUCCAAGGAAGUAGACGUGGAAUAAAGCCCCUAAAUCUAUCUCGAUGCUUUAAAAUAGCUCUCUUAUGGAAGCGUUGAGCAGCCCAAGUGUUAUCACCAAAAUGGAGAGGGGCUGCCAGCUCUCUAUGGAUUUCUUGGUUGUCCCUCCCAGUCCCCCCACCCCAGUCAGGCCAUUCAUUUAGGGAGUCCAGUUCUUGUUGGAAUCCCAUGAUAGUGAAGUGGGAGCCUGAGACUUAGGCAGUGCCUUGUGGCAAGAGAACUGCCUUCACAGGAGCACGAGAGUGGGAUCUUCACUGGGUAGUGCCAAUUCCCAUCAGUUUUAAGCAAAUUCUCCACUGGUUUUCACCAGAGCUGGGUGUGCACAGUGGGGGGCAAAGUGAGCAGGUGCUGCUCGCCCUGCACAGAGCACCAUGACCUGCCCCUCACCCUGAGGAAUUUGGGAGGGGAAAUGGAGAGCGGCUUCUUGAGAGCAUUCCUUCAGCUGGGGCAGAUCCACCUCACUCCCUUCUCCCUGUUCUUUGCCUCCUCCUCAUGUGCUUCAUCCUGUCCUGAGCAGACCUGUGUGCAAAGCUCCUGCUCCCCACCUGUCAUGGUUUUGUAACACUGCAAAAGCAGAGCCGGUGCUUGCCUCGACACAGCCUCGUUGUUCUGCAGCUCGGUGCGGAAGGGUUGGGAGGGAGCACGUUGCAUCCUAGACUGUGUACGCGUGGAGUUUUAAAUUAUGUAUUAAAGCUGUGCUCGUCUAAUAAAAAAUGUAAUUCGGAAAA